AUGCAAAUCAUCAAAAUUUCAACCAAUGAUAAGUGCAGACAAAAAGCGACUUAUCAAGCUCCCAAACAUACACUGUACUGCACAACCGUUCUUCAACGAUCCCCACGCCAUCCCUGCCAUUUUCAUCCCAAUCCCAAGGUGCUUCUCUGCACCAAACCCCUAUCCCUCUCCCUCUCCACACACAUAUAUACAGAUAUAUCUGUAUCUAUAUGCAUGGAUCUGUCAACAGUUCAACUACAGGCUGCCAUCGAACCUGAACCUACGGCCGCUGCCGAUGUAGUUCAUGCCGCCUCCCGUGACCACCCACCCUAUACCGAGAUGAUAACGGCGGCGAUAGCGGGUUUGAAGGAGAAGAACGGGUCGAGUAAAAGGGCUAUAGCUAAGUUUAUAGAAACUCAGUACACGAACCUGCCCCCAACUCACUCGACGUUGUUGACUCAGAAUCUGAAUCAGUUGAAAAACAAUGGUCAGAUUGUCAUGGUCAAGCACUCUUACACGCUUCCGAGAUCUGCUCCUGUGCCUGUGGCUGGCAACGGAGCUGUUACUGUCCCUUUUGAUCUCAAUUCUGUUGCGUCCAAAAGACGGCCUGGUCGCCCUCCUAAACCUAAGCCCGAUAACGUUCAAAAUGCUAUACCUGUUUUUGUUCCCGUGGGCCAAAAUUCCAUGACCAAUGCUCCGCUGAACCCACCGAAUAUGGCGGUUGGGCCGGGGGCUGUUUACGUUUCUGUUGGACCCGUUAAUGGGGCUGCUCCUGCUGCUGGAGUUGGGGCAAAAAGAGGUCGCGGUCGUCCACCAAAGCAAGAUGGGGCUAACCCUGGUGUGCCGAGGAGGGGGCGGGGUGGUCGUCCGAAGGUUGUUGGGGCUCAGCCAAGUAGUGUGGGGAGGCCUUAUACAAGUUCAGCUGCAGGGAGAAAGGGGUCUGGGAGGCCACGAGGCAGGCCGCCAAAGUCUAAGGAUGUGUUGGCAGGUGUAGCUCCACCUGCUCCUGCUGUCGGAAUGUUAGAUCCUGUUGCAGUUGGGCUUCCUUCUGGUGGUACAUUGCCGGUGGCUGCUGAUGGAGUCUCUCUGGCGAAGCGGCGUGGGCGACCACCAAAGGCUGGUGGUGAAACGACAAAGCCAAGAAAACCGCCUACCCGGGAGCCUAAGAAGCCCAGGAGGCCAUCUGGAAAACCUGUGGGCCGGCCCAGAAAGAAUCCAUCAGCAACAGCAAUUCAAAUUCCUUACUCCGAAGAGGUCACUCAAGAUCUUAAAGGCAAACUUGCGUAUCUGCAAUCAAGAAUCAGGCAUACUGUGAACACGAUAAAGCCAUGCUUAAAUGGAGAAACUGCAGUUGCUGCAUUACUUGAGCUCGAAAUGUUGUCAACAAUGGAUGUUGAUGCACUCCCAAACGUUCAGAACCAACAACCACAGUAGAGGAUUAAGCUCUAGUUGACAAUUGAAGUGUAGAUUCUUAGGAGGAAAUCAAAACUAUGAUUAGUUUCUUUGUUUUCAUUUAGAUGAAUCUUUUAAGCAUGAAUUGAAUGUGAAUAUCCCUAUUCUGUAUGUACUGUGUGGCAAUUAGGAAACUCUAAUGUAGCUUCAAGAAUCUUGUGCACUGUGAAUGACACCAUUUUCUCCCUAAAAUCUUUUAUUUCUCUAAA